CUAUGACAAAAGACAGGAAGAAACCCGGAAGUGCUGCAGUUAGCUAACAUCAGCAGGAGAAAGGAGAAAGUACAGAAGUACAUCUGCUUGUUUGUUUUAGCAGAAGCACUUUUUUCGUUCCGUACUCCUGACAGCAGAAUGCCUGAAAUUCACACACCAAGGAUUCGAGCCCUUCGAACCAGCGCUGGUACUGGACUGGAGGGCUUCAAGGCCCACGCUGUGUUCCAGGAGAUCAACAAGAAGCUGCAGGAGGAAGGGGAGCAGUUUGUGAAGAAAAUCGGAGGAGUUUUCGCCUUCAAAGUGAAAGACGGCCCAAACGGACAGGAAGCCACUUGGAUCGUGGACGUGAAGAACGGCAGUGGCUGCGUUCACAACGACGCAGACAAGAAAGCAGAUUGCACCAUCGCCAUGUCCGACACGGACUUGUUGGCCUUGAUGACCGGGAAAAUGAACCCACAGACGGCAUUUUUCCAGGGCAAGCUGAAGAUCACGGGGAACAUGGGCCUGGCCAUGAAGCUCCAAAACUUGCAGCUGCAGCCGGGCAAAGCCAAGCUGUAAGAGACGCCGCAUCAAGCCCUCACUAAAACGCUCGACUGUGAAGAGUUGAAGAUGUGGAGGUCUGGAAGGAGAAACCGUUGUGGACAGACUGAACCACUUUUCCUCUUGGGUGAUCUCACUGACCGAGCUGGGGGUGGGGGUGGGGGGAUUAGUCAGAGGCCCGCCUGUCUAACUGGGGAAUAGGAUAGAUGGACAGAUAAUUAAUUUCCUAAUUGAGUUCCUGUCUGUACUCUCCGUCUUUUUAGCGCUGGUCUGGAGUUCAGGCAGUCACUCUCUACUUUGGUACUAAUUGCGCUUCUGUCCAGACUUUUUAACCUUCACCGAUAAUGACACCUAACUUUGAGUGCACUGUAACUGCAGGUGUUUUUGAGAAGAACUGGUCGAUGAUAUGUUGCACAAUCAUGAAUGCAGCUGUUAAGUGCCUCCCUCAGUAUCUCAAAUCAAUGUUUGUAGUUGGCUACCAACGCAGAGCGGGUUUGGACUGUGGCUACCCAACGUUUUCUCUCCCUGCCUCGUCAUUGUCUGGAGUACUGUCUGUACGGUCUGGAUCUUUGUCGGAUUUCUUGGAAAUAAACUUGUCUUUGCGGAACA